GAUAAACAUCUACAUCUCAGAAAUGGCAGAAAAUGAAAAUUCGUUAUCAUCUUCAAACAGCACUCAGGCAGGGGACUGGAACUACUACAACUGGUGCACAGAUUAUCCCACUGCCCCUGUUAUCUGGUCAGUAAUAUCUGGGAUCUGUUUCCUCUUGGGAUUUCCAGCCAGUCUGUGGGUCCUACACGAGCUCCUCCAGAGGCAAAGACAAAGAUCCACCAGUGACGUCUUCAUGCUCAGUCUGGCUGUUAUUGAUCUGACUUUCACAGCUCAUAUCCCAUUUGGUGUAUGUAAUUUCAUGAUAUGGCAAAUUAAGGAGUUAGAAGUUCUUUUAACCUUUAUCUACAGCUUAAGCAUCAGUGGUAGACCUCUGUUUAUGGCUUGCAUUUGUUGGGACUGUUAUGUCGCUGUGGUUUACCCCAUAGUGUACAAAACCAGUAAGAACCUCAUUGGAGUUAAGAAGGCAAUCACAAUAACAAUCUGUUUCACUACAGUGGUUGCUGGAUUGGUUGCAUGCACUAUAACAUGGUUAAUUACAACUCCUUUCAUAGCCAGUCCUUUAAUAGUGGCACUGCCAGUUAUCUCCUUCUGUGAUAUUUCCAUACUUCAAGCUCUGAAAAAAACGGACCCAACAGGAAAGAACAACAUCCAUCCACAGAAGAAACAAGCUCUUCACACCAUCACUAACAGCUUCAUCAUGACUUUCAUUGUCUACCUACCACCAGCGAUCAUUUUCUCAUUCGGAAAGCUGAUUCCGCUUACAGAAAUAGAGCGCUAUUGUUGUUUAGAUUUCUACGGAUUUUGUUUUAAUAUGGCUGGAUGUGUCAUUAUGCCUGUUCUGUAUCUGGUCACUGUAGGUAAGCUGGAUACUUUUAAGAACUGGUGGAAGAAAUAAACUACAUAGUGCAUACUGGAGCUAUUUUCUAUAUGGGUUGAACUUUGAACUCCAUCUGCAAUCUAAAACACUGAGCUUUGCUGUUACAGUUUCCCUCUCAUCAACAUUUUAAGAAAUACCUGCUAGUUCUAAGUACUAUUGCUGAUAGUUUCAGUUUAAUAUACUAUAGAUAAAUAU